UUCCUGUUGCAGCAGUUUGGCGCAUUCUACCAAGAUGUCUCACGCUCUGCAAAGUGCAGAGGCUGACUAACUGACCAAAAUUUGUGAAUAAAAGCACGACGUGUUAGUUUUUUAGUCCUGUAAUGUAGCUGGAUGAGCAGUUCAUAGGUUAGAGAAGCAAUAAAGGAUUGUGGGAAAUAUGUGGCGACUGAAAGCAGUCCAGCACAAAUCAAGUGUCUCUGUUAGAGACUUAGAGGAAUUUAAACAGAAGAGAAGAGAACAUGAAAAAGUGCUGAGACAGGCCAGGAGAGACAGACAGCUGGUCAGUAAGAGGCACCUGCUAAAUGAAGAAGAGCAGGAGAAAGACUUGAUGGAAACAAACCAUGCUCCUCUUUCUCAAAACCAGAUUCAGGAGAUGGUACACAAUGUGCAGCGUGGUGGAGAAGAGAAAGCUGCUCAUCUGGUGAUACUGAGAAAGGCACUAAGAGACCCUCAAACUCACCUCAUCUUCACUAAACUGGAGAACAGCAUGUAUGUGCUGGUUGGGCAACUCAGCGGACACAAUCCUCAGUGCCAGCUGGAGGCAGUGCGGUGUCUUCAUGAGCUCUCCAACUCUCCUCACCCUGGUGUGGGGCAAUCAUGCUUGUCUGCAACCCCAUAUCUUCUCACUUAUCUGUCCAGCCCAAGUGCCAAACUCACAGAGCUUUGCCUGUACACAUUAGGGAAUCUGUGGCCGGAGGGUUCUCUAGUGAAAGAGAAGCUGCUGCUCCAGGGGAUAGUCCCUGCUCUGGCUAACUGCAUUCAGAAUCAGAGAUGUAACCUGGCGGUGAUGGAGGCAGUGGGCUUUACAUUGUCCCAGCUGCUUCAGGAUAAAGAUGCUGCAGACAAAGUUAUUUCGAUGGUCAUGACCUCUGGUAUGGUUCCUCAUUUGAUUUCACUUCUGACUCCAGAUCCGGACUUUGGUAUGGGAGCCGCCAUCGAAUGUGCCUGGUGUUUACAUUAUAUAGCAUCACGUACUGCUGAUACCUCCACCUUGAUAACUGAAGGACUCCUCUCACAGUGCAGUAACCAUCUGGUUACACUAGGAGGAGCUGUUGCUAAAGGAAGCACUAAUGAUGGCAUGGAAUUGCUGAUCUGGCCCCUGCUGCGUUGCCUGGGUAAUAUGUUGGCCAGCGGGGAGUGUGAGGCUGCAGGAUGCUCAGCGGGUAUAGAGGAUGUCCGUCUCUUAGCUGCUCUGUGUGUGUUCAGCCAGGCUUACCUAACCUCCCACUGUGCUCUGAGCAGGGAGAGCCUGUGGGUCCUCAACAACCUCACAGCUGGUUCACUUGUGUUUUGUUCAGCUGUGCUAUACUUGAAGAUGGUACCAGAUCUUCUCCAGCUUUUACCGUUUUCUAAUGGAAUCAAUACCAUGGUGCUAAGAGUUCUGGGUAAUGUUGCCCACAACGGUCCGGGAUACUGUAUUCAGCUGACACAAGCAGGUCUGCUCUCUGUCCUUUGUGCCACCCUCAAAAUGGCUGAUCCAGACAUAGUAACACUGAGCCUGGAGGUGCUGCAUUUGCUCACCGCUAGUAGCCCACAGGUAGCUGAAGAAUUUAUCAGGCUGGAAGGCAUCCCUCUAUUGGAAGCAAUUCAAUACAACAGUGAAGAAGAGCAACGUCUUAGGGCCACUUACAUCUUAGAUUUCUACCUGCAUGCUCACUAAAUGGUCCCUCAUGACUGAUGUGAGGACAACCAAACAGGACCCGCACUGCUUAGAUUUUUAAAGCUAGGAUAAUCAUUUUUACAUUUGUACUGUUGUAAUAUUGGAUUACACCUUAAGAACAUAUUACGUCACUAAUGUGUAGUUUGUAUAUUUUCAAAACAUUUGGUAAAUAAAGCUUUUUAAGUUUGUA